ACUUCAACAUCAAAUUGACGACUCCAACAAUGAAGACCCCAAUACCAAAGAUGACAACUCCAAUAAUAAAGAUUCUGAUACCACAGAUGAUGACUCUAACGACAAAGCACCAAAGAGACAACUUCACUGA